UAUGUUUGACGACUUCUCGGAAGGCAGAGAGUGUGUCAACUGUGGAGCCAUGUCCACCCCACUCUGGAGGCGGGAUGGGACGGGGCACUACCUGUGCAACGCCUGUGGCCUCUACCACAAGAUGAAUGGCAUCAACCGUCCCCUCAUCAAACCCCAGCGCCGGCUGUCCGCCUCCCGCCGAGUGGGCCUCUCCUGUGCCAACUGCCAGACCACCACCACUACGCUGUGGCGCCGCAACGCCGAGGGCGAGCCGGUGUGCAACGCCUGCGGCCUGUACAUGAAGCUCCACGGGGUUCCCAGGCCUCUUGCGAUGCGGAAAGAGGGGAUUCAGACCAGAAAACGGAAGCCCAAGAACCUUAAUAAAUCUAAGACACCAGCAGGUCCCUCCGGCGGUGAGAGCCUUCCUCCCACGAGCAGCGCUUCCAGCAACUCCAGCACUGCAGCCACCAGCAGUGGUGAAGAGAUGCGCCCCAUCAAGACAGAGCCCGGGCUGGCGUCCCACUACGGACACAGCAGCUCCAUUUCCCAGACGUUCUCAGUCGGUUCGAUGUCUGGCCACGGGCCCUCCAUCCACCCGGUCCUCUCGGCCCUGAAGCUCUCCCCACAAGGCUACGCGUCUUCUGUCAGCCAGUCGCCUCAGGCCAGCUCCAAGCAGGACCCUUGGAACAGCCUGGCCUUGGCUGACAGUCACGGGGACAUAAUCACUGCGUAAUGUCACCUCCCUUCCUCCUCAGAUUCCUGCAUGGACUUGCGACUUGGAGAACAGCAGAGCCGAGGCUCUGGGCUCCCAGCGGCCGGCCUGCUCUGUCUGGGAAUGACUCCGGAACAACAACUGGGAAGAAACUUGAAGUCGACGAUUUGGUUAGGGGAAGUGGGUGCUGCAUUUCGUCAGAUGCCUUUUCAAGGUGGGCGGCUGGAAGGAGCCCAGACUCUGAUCUGGAAGCGCCCACCCUUUGCUAGGAGCACACUUAAGUCCCUUCUGUGGAGUUACAGACUUUUUCUCAUU